GAAGAGAAAACGGGGGAGGGAGCGAGGGAGGGGGAGGAAACGGGGGCGGGAGUGGGAGCGGGGGGGAGGGGGAGGAAGCGAGGGUGGGAGUGGAAGCGGGGGAGGAGGUGGAGGAAGCCGGGGUGGGGGAGUGGGCGGAAGCGGUGGAAGCGGGGAAAAAAGAGGAAGUGACAAUGGACAAAGAACAGGAGCAAGUGAGGACAAGAGGAGACGGGCAGGGGAACGGAAAGGUGGCAGCAACGAAGGGGUCAGCAGUGGAUGUGUAGAGCGUGCCGAAGCAAGCGAAGCCGAAGGAAUGCAUGCUGGCACCGACACAGGAAGCAAUGUGAUGGUCAGCGGAGAAAGUGGAGGCACACGAGGUGGUGGAGCAGGUGACUCCAUAGAAAGACCUGCAAGUACCCCACAGCAACAUCAUCUUGAAGUAAAUGAAUCAGAUGAUACAUUUGAAUCAGACAGCGAUUCUGAUCGGAAAUAUCCCAAUCCACAUUCUCUUGUAGAAUGUGAACUCACUGAAGAUCUUGAUGAUCUGGAUUGGAGUUGGGAUGGUAUCAGUCCAUGGUUACCAAUGUGUACCGAUGAGACGGUUGCAUCGCUAACUACAUCUCCGACGCGUGAACGACAUAUGUUAGUUCCUGUCCCCAACAUCCAAGCCCAUGAUGUGAUGGAGCACCCCCAGAAACACGACGUGGACAAAAACGAAGCUGGCUUGGAACUGGCAAUGCACAGUCAAGAGCCGCAAACGCAGAAGCGAAGCAGACUGGAUGAAGGAGCAAGCAGAAGUUUCGUAGACAUUAAUAAGGAUAUUCAUGAAACUCGUAUUUUACCUCGCCCGCCCGAAAGAGUGCACUCAAAGGGAUUGUUAAGCAUAAUCAACGAAAAAGAAGGCAAGGAAGUGGAAGUUUCCUUAAAGAAAAGUGGCACAAUUUCAUGGGCCAAAACUAAGGGCUCUCUGGAGGAGUGCAUUAAGUGGGAAAAUGUGGAAUGCAUCAAUGGAAAUCCAAAUCACACCUUCGUGAACGCACUAAAGCAGGAAAACUGGGAUGAUGAUAGUUUGUAUUUGGAAAGUUUGCAAAGUGACGAUGAUGAUGCGGAGCUACUUCUCAAGAUCUCCUUCCUGACAGCGGUCAAAGUCUACUUCUUGAUUGUCAUGAGUCCUCCAGAAAAAGGCCCAAAGACAUUGAAGCUUUUCGUGAACAGACCUGACAUGAAAAUGAGGUAUAGGCCAAUUGGCUAAUUUGACAAUCUUGAAUUUGUCAAGUUGUGAAAGCUUGGAAUAAUUACCAAGUGAGAUUGGCUUAUUGGUCAAUUUGGCAACUUUGGAUUUAUCAUGGUAUACAAAAUUGAAACAAUUACCUAUUGAAAUUAGCCAAUUGAUUAAUUUGGCUACUUUAAAUUUGUCAAGUUAUAUAAGCUUGCAAUUAUUAUCAAGUGAGAUUGGUCAAUUGGCUAAUUUGACAA